CCCGGUGGCAACGACAGGACACGACACGACGACGAGGACGACGGACGACAGACGAACGACAGAGGCGCGCGGGGCAGGGAGAGGCGGAGACGGGAGGGCAAGGGAGGCGCGUCGGCCCGCGCGGCCAGCUGGCCUCAGCCCGCGCCAGCUGCGGCUACGCGCAGCCGGCCAUCCUGCGGCGCCGAGCCCCUCGGCGAAGCCGAGGAGCUCUGGCGCCGCCAGGCGCGACACCUGUAUCGCGCUUACCUGCGACGUGUAUUUCACGAAGCUCCCAAGGAAAGGAAAGAGAGGACGGAUGGAAAGAAGGGACAAGGGGAGAUGCGGGCGGGAGAAGGGGAAACGGCCGGCCCGGAGCAGAGGCAGGCAGGGGGCAGGUCCGGGCGCCAGGGAAGCCCGCUGCACCUCGCGAGGGCUGUCCCGAGCGCGCGUGCUCCUGCUGCUAGAAGGCAGAGCCAGCAGGAGGAGGAGGAGGAGGAGCAGCAGCAGGCGGAAAGGCUGACCCCCUCUGCGCGGCACCCACAUGGCAGCGUCCCCGCACGUGGCUCGAGCUGCGCGCAGGUCGCCCAGGCCGUCUGCUGCCAGGCGGCCCUGCGGAAAGAGGCGGCGGCACUUCGAAUGCCGCGGGUCACGUCCUGCGGACGAGAGAAUUGGCUCCACCAAUCUUUCUUCGCCGGUGCACGGCGCGCGAGAGGAGGGCACGGGUCCCGGUCGAGAGCCGCGAGGCCGAGCGCAUCCAGGGGGGGCAGGAAGAGGAGAGGCGGAAGGUCCGCAGGGGGGGGGGAGGCGGAGAGGGAGGGAUGGUGCUCUGACUGUUGACAUCGCGAGAACUAGCUCCUCGCGUGUCCAAGAGUUUGAGAAAUCUAAACGCCACGCCCAGAUAGCUGCUGUACGAUCGAAAGGGCUGCGUUUCAAAAUUAGUUGAAACAUGUCAAGAGGAAGGCCGCUACUCUGGCACAGAGCGUGCGGACGCGAGGAACAUGCUUUUCGCUACUGCUAAUCCUUCCACAGCAAUAUUUGAAACAUGAGCCAUGAUCGAGUUCAUAGCUGCUCGUUCGUGCCGCCCACUGGCAGCCCCCUCGGUCAGAUUCACCGGCCGAAGGUAGGCAUGUAGCUGGAGGCGGGAACGCUGCCGUUCAACAUCUUCAGUGCGCGGCCUUGCGCGCGCUGGCCAUGACACAAGAAAGAGCGUGAUUCUGAACAAAUUCGCCGACACUGAAAACUGGGCCAGCAAACCAGCCUUGCACGUAAUGCUUUCUGCAAGGGGGUCUGGACGCAGGGCCAGCUUUCUGAAGCGGCCUCGGUGGGGAUGAUGCCUUCAUGAUCUCAUAAUCAGCACGACUGCAUGUUGUCUCCGUCCAGCAUUUCGCAAGAGCCUGCCUCCGCGAAAGAGGCGCUCCUGCCCAGGGAGUAGCCAGAUUCAUCACUGUGGAGCACUACGGAACCGGAGGCAACCAGCUGCACUGCGCGGGAGAGCGCAGAGGCCUCACACUCCGCCACCAGGCGCGCGCGCAGCGAGCAGGCCGUGUCGUUGGCGACCACCUUGAUGGCCUCCUGGAGGAUCAUGGGCCCGUGACGGCACUGGGCUCCUAGCGAGGACGGCGGCGCUGCGAAGGACACGGUGCAGCCAGUGAUGCACACGCCCGCGCGCACGGCGGCCUCGAUGGGGUUCGUGCCUGGGAACGCCGGCAGCAGCGACGCGUGGAUCACCAGUACCCUGCCCGCGUAGCGCUGCAGCAGCUGACGAGUCAGCAGGGUCUGGUCGACGUCGUCCAGCACAACUACGAGGUCCGGCGUCAGGGACGCCAUGAGCUCGUCGAACUGCCUCGAGAAAUCCACCGCCACGCCGUCGGCGCCCGUGCCAGAUGCUGGGCCGCCUCCCGCGCUCUCGGGCCUGGGCGCGGCGCCCGCGUCGAAGUCGAGGCCCUCGCAGUAGAACUCGGUGUGGGCGAACUGCCCGUCACCCAGCACGAUGGCCUGCAGGCCCAGGUUCCUGGCGUUCGCUAGCAAGGGGCUGUCUGGGUACGGGCUCACGAAGGCCGACAGGCUGGCCGCGGAAGCGGGCAGCGCCAGGGCCUGCGCGGCCGCCUGAAGGGGCGAGACCUCCUCCCGGCCGCCGAGCACCACGACUUGCUUCCUGG